CGUAACCUUUUUACUCUUAUUUGUCAUUUCCUUCACUUUUUUCCGAAAUCUCCAUUAUCAUGGCUGUAUACCUGCGAACCCAAUUGUGCGGACCAGCCGGAAGCAGUGUAACUAAAGACAUUUCUUGAUUUAUAUCAGGAACACAAAUUAAUUUUCCUCAUUACUUUUAUUCUGUAAACCAUAUCGAACCCUAUUUUGACCUUCCAUAAAUCCCUUUGAAAAUUCCGGAGGACGCCUCUACUCCAGCAAUGAAGGGUGCGCAGAGCUUCAUCGGUACGCCUUCAAAUGCUCGGGAUAAAGAAGUGGAGGAACUUCACAGGGAGUUAGAUGAAACAAAGUUUGCAAAGGAGAGACUUGAGACUGAGCUGCGUUCAUUCCGUGAAACAUCUGAGAAUCGAAAGAGGGCCUUAGAUGAUGCUCUUUGUAAGCUUCAGGAGAAAAAGCAGCAGGUGGAGAAGCAGACCCAGGAGCUGAAUAAAAGGGCUGAGGAUAUGGAUAAUGCAAAUCGAAAAUGUGAGGAAAUCAAGGCCAUAUUGAUGCAGAAAGAGUCUGCUCUUAGAGGCUUGAAUUGUUCUCAUGAGCAGCUGAGGGUUCAGUUCAAUGAAACACAGAAGAGUAUGGAGAAUGAGAUCAGGGAAUUGUCAAGGGCACUUGAUGAUGCAAACAGUAAAUGUGAAGAACGGGAGAGGGAUACGAAGAAACAUAUAGGAGAAAUUGAGAAUUUGAGGUUUGUGAUUUCUAACCUGCAGAAAAAAUGCAGCACUACUGAGGCAAUAUCAGAGGAGAAGACAAACAGAAUGCGACAGAUGGAAUCUGAGCUUGAGUUGAAGGGAGCAACACUUGCAGUGAUAUCCGAGAACAAAUCACAUCACGAUAUUCUGAAGAUGAAGCUAACUGAAUGUGAAAGAAACCUUCAACAGGAAAGUGCAAAGAGAGCUUUGGCUCAGCAGGAGUUAGAAGAACUUAAGAGUAGAGAUAUGCACUUGUUGAAUGUGGAAAAACAGCAUAACACUGUACAGGAGCAGCUGAAAUGGAGAAAGGAACAGUUUGGGCUUCUAGAAGAGGCUUAUAAGAAGUUGCAGAAGCAAUUUCAGGACAGUAAAUAUGAGUGGGAAAAGGAGAAAGCAGCAAUGCUUAGUGAAAUUUCAACUUUGCAGAACAAUCUGGACACCCAGUCUAGAAUGUCCAAGGAUCUUCACUCACAGUUACAGAGGUGCAAUCAAGCAUUGGCACAUGAAGAGAGCCGAAGGAAAGUAUUGGAAAUCCAAAUGGAAGAAUCUCGGCAUGGGUUUGAGAAGGUGACUGCUGAAUUUGAUGAAGCUAGGUCAGUUAUUGAAAGUAUGACCGAAAAACAUGGUAGCCAAGUAGGGAAAAUGAAAGAUUCUUUGGAUUUCAAGGAGAGACAGAUUCGAGAAAUGGAAGUACAGCAGACACUCAUAAAGCAAGAGAAUCAGGAGCUGAGAAACAUGCUCGAGGAGUUCCAGGCAUCAAGGUCUGGCAGCGAAGAUGUCCAUAGUUCUCUUGAGAGCUUGAAGAUGAAGUUUACAGCUAUGGAAGAUGCUUACAAUGAUUAUCGUGAAACGAUGAAGAUUAAAGAGUAUCAAUGGGAAAAGGAAAGAAAUGAUAUGGUGAAAACAUUGAAUGAUUGUCAAACAGAACUCCAGUUGAAGGGUGUACAGGUACGUGAACUAGAAAGCCAGCUGGAAGGGGCCCGUGAAUCUGCAGAGAGGCUAACAUGCCAGAAAGCUGAACUAUCACAACAGUUAUUGAAGUCAGAAUCGCAAUACCAGGAAGCUCAAUCCAAAAUGAGUGCUGAAAAUUUCAAUUUGGAGUCAUCAUAUAAGAGGAACAAUGAAGAACUUGCUUGCUUGAAGGAACAGUUGGAGGCAAAACAAAAAGCAUUUGAGCAAAUCCAACAAGAACUAACACAACAUCAAAUAAUAAUUGAGUCAAUGUCAGCCAAAUGCGAGUCUUUGGAAGCUCUUGAAAAACAGUGCUCAGCCAUGCAAGAACAACUCAAAGGUAAACAAGAACAAGUUCAGAGUCUCGUGAAAUCACAUUCUAUUCUUCAGGAUGAGAUCCGUCAGAAAGAACAGUCCCACAUUGAAGAAGUCCAAAGAGUCAGAGAGACUUUGGAGGAAGCAAGAGCAUGCCUUCGUGCAAAAGAGCAGGUAGAAAAUGAGAAUGAGAAUGAGCUCAGAAGGUUGAAAGAAACAAUCGAGAGAAUUCAGGCUAGCCAUCUAGCUUCAGAAAUUAAGGCUGCAGAAUAUGAGCAUCAAUUGCAAGCGUUGCAACAAGAGAUAUUGGCAGCUAGACAUGCUUUGACUCUUUCAGAAGAGAAAAAUAAGACUGACAAAGAGUCUUUGCUUGAUGCCAUAAUGGCCAGAGACAGAAAGAUAGGAGAUCUGAACAAUCAAUUGGUGUAUUUGGAUCAAAGCUUGAACGAAUUCAGCCAGAAAGAGGAGACAUGGGUUCAAUUGGAAUCACAGUACAAACAAUUAUCAGAUCUAAGAAUUAGAGAGCUUGAGUCUUUGAGUGUUGCUAACGCAAAGCUUGAGUCCAUUUCAAAAGAAUUAUUAGAUAAAGAGGAAGAAAGAGAUAUGCUUCAGAAAUGCCUUGAAAGUAAAGAAGCUGAUCUGGGAAAAUUAAAGAAGGAAAUUGAAUUACUUAUUGAAGAGAAGAGUGCUAUCAUUGAUUCCAUCAGAGUGCAGGAAGGAAAGUAUAAGAAACUUGCUGAGGAGAAUGAGCAAAUUAAAUUGUCAUUGCAAGAGGCCUAUAUUAAACUGGAAGAUAGGUAUUCAGAAUUGACUGAUCGAGAUAGUAAUAUAGGUGAGUUGCAAAAAAAGUUACAACAUGGUGAUAGGCGUUGCCAAGAACUAUCAGAAGCCGUAAACAAAAUCCAAUGUCUGGAGGGUUUGCUUGAAGAAGCUAGGUCAUGUCUUCAGGACAAGGAAAACAAGAUAUCCGAGUUUGAGAUUUCAGCUGAACAGUUUAGAAAUGAAGUCUUAGUUGCUAAACUACAACUGGCUGAAAAGGAAAAAGAUGAAGCAAUACUGCAAGAGAAACUCAGAGAUGCAUUUAACGAAGCAAGAUCAAAGGAGGAUCAACUUCUGGAAAUGGAUUCUAAGUUGAAUAGCAUGUCGAAGGAAAGUGAAGAGAAGCAAGCUGAAAUUCUCUGUCUCAAGGAUGAAAUAAAGGAAAUGGAGAAGAGGUUAUGUGAAUCAAAAGAAACACAAGCAGACAUGGAAGCUCAGCUGAAAUCUGUUAGUGCUGUUAUUGAAAAAAAAGAGGCAGCUCUUAAAGCUGUUGAAUCCGAAGUCAAAAGGGAAACAAAUAGUCUUGAAGACACAAAAGAAGUCAUUGAACAGCUUAAAGUUCAGUUGUGUAAUGAAGAAAAGGCUUCUUUUGACAGGCAGGCUGAGAUUAAAUAUCUUUACAAGGAAUUAGAGAGAAAAAAAAUAGAAGAGAGACGGGCAUUAGAAAAUUUAAAAGAAGUGCAGGACAGUUUAGAGCAUUUGGAGCAGGACUCUAAAUCUCAAAUUAGCAAGUUGGAGGGGUCCAUCACUGAAUUGCAGUCCGAAUUGGCAGCAACUCGUAUAAAGAUGGAAGACAUUGACAAGGCCUUAAAUGGUGCAAAUAAGGAACUAGCUUUAUGCAAUGAAAAAUGCACUACUUUGGAAGAAAUGUUGAGUAUCAAGGAUGAGACUUUGUGGGCAAAAGAAAAAGAGAUAUCUUCUUUACAAACAGACAUUACACAACAAGCUGAGAUAAUUGGACAAGCGCAAUUGGAUAUGCAGUUUGUACAGGAUCGACUACAAGGUGAAAUUGAGAAUCGGGAGAACUUGGAGAAAACUGUUUCUCUUUAUGUGAUUCAGGUUGCAGAGCUACAUGAAUGCAAACAAGAGAUAGAGAACAAGUUGAACAGCAUCAAGCAGGAUUAUGAAGCUGCCUUAAAAACUGUUGGUGACUGUGAUGUAAGUAUUUCAUGUCUGGAGGAAGAUUUGAGGGUUUCUAAAGGCCAGUUAGAGAAGUUUAAUGUUGUGUGUGGAAAUCAUGAACAACUUAUUGGUGAGCUUUUGCAAAAGAUAAAUCUUUCUAAAUGUAGAAUCGAGGCAUUUGAAAAACAGGCUUUCAGAUUUCAAGGAGCUCUGGAAGGGGCAGUAGACAAUCUAAAAGAGGAAAUCAAUGAAGUCUCAUUUCUGUCUCAUUCAUUUGAUGAACUUAAAUCUCAGUUAGCAGAGAUUAAGAUGGAUACAAUAUCUAGUUUAGAGCAGGGUAUGCGUUAUGCUGCAGAGUUCAGGGAUGUUAUCAAUGUUCUUGACAAUUUCCAGGUUCAUUUGGAUACAUUGCAAAAGAGAGAAAGUGAUAUGGCAUCUAGGCUACUAAGCUUAGAAGAGUUGCUAGAAGACAGUAAGUCUGUGUCCACUAUCCUAGCCAAACAGAUUGACCUGCUUGCCAACACUGUGAAUGAUUCAGACUCUCAGCUGCUAGAAUGGAAAGACAAAGCUUUUAAUUCUGCCAAAGAUGCUGCGCAUAUACAGUUGGAACUUGAGAAUGCAAACCAAGUCAUCUCUGAUUUGCAAAGGCAGCUUGGUGAAUGCAAGUCAACACAAGAUGGCUUUAAAGAGCUAUGUUCUGAGAUAGAGGUCCAUGAAAAUAGAGAAAACUGUAUGCAAAGUCCCAAUUUCUUGCUGGAUGAGCAAAUCUGGAAUUCUCUUUCAGACUUGAGUGAUGAAAUGGACAAAUUCUCCCAAUUUUAUAGCUCUAUGAGGGAGCAAGAUGGAGAAGUUGAGAAACUUAGAAGGGAAUUCCUUCUUAAUUUCAGAGAACUAAAAGCUAUAUUGUCUUCUGUUAAAGAUCAACUGAAGGGUUUCGAAAAUUUGAAGAACCAAUUCCAACUAUGUGAUAUGAAGCUUCAAGCCAAGGAAGGUCAGUUAUCAAUAUUACAGUCUGAUAUGAAUAAAGAAAGGGAGAAGGCCAAUCAUUAUGCAAAGUCAAUGGAGAAGGUAGAAAUAGACCUGGCAAAUUGGAAAGACAAAGUUGAUAUUGUUGAUUUUCAGAACAAAACCCUUCAAUCAGAUGUUGAACUUUUGAAAAGAUCACUGGAUGAGAGUAGGAAACAAAAGGAAGAAGUGAUGGAAAGGGAAAGUCAGUUGCAAGAUGAAAUAACUGCAAUGCACGAGUCUCUUAAAAAUGUAAGCAGUGAUUUUGUUGAAGGAACAGAGAAAGCUAAAUCUCUGCUAUAUUCCAUUAAGAGCAUGGAAGAAGAGAGAAAAGAAUUGUUGGAGCAGAUUAGAUCUAUCUCUGAAGAAAACAAAAUUACAAAACUUGAGCUUGAAGCUGCUAAGAUGGAACUUUCUGAGUUAACCCUGCAUGAUUGUGGUGGAGACAAAGAUAUCAGAAAUCUGAAAUUAACCAGGGACUUAUCUGCAGCACAUGGAGAAAUCCAAUUGAGGAAGGAUUUUGUACAGAAGUUGCUUUGUCAGCUACAAAAUGUGGAAAUGCAAGACAUGAGUCACCAAGUACAUUUGCAAGCAACGCUGGAAAAGAUAAUAAAGAACUGGGAUAUGGAAGAUACCAUUGUCUAUCCUGUGGAUGAUUCUAAAACUGAGGGAGGUGUAAGGGAUGUCAUGGACGAUAAUAAGAUUGCUCAUGCAUCUCAGUUACCAUCUGAUAAAAUAAUUGAAAGUAAAGAUGAAUAUGCGACAGGAGGAAUUGAGGUUCAGCAUGUAACAGAGACCAAAAAAGAGGUAUCUUUGAUAAGCAAAGACAUAAUAAUGCCAAAUCAUAACUUAAGGUCAUAUGAUGAUAGAAACCAUCUGCAGGUAUGUGAUAUAUGGCAAAGGAUACAUGGUGAGCAAGCUGAGGUGAAAGUGCAAGUGCUAAUGAAGGAACUUGAGACUGCAUUGAUGACAUUGGCUGGACAGAAUGCUGCAAUACAAAAUCUCAAUAAAGAAGUUGAGAAUAUGCAGGUUUUGGUUAAAAGGCAUGAAGAAAGAUCUACCCUGUUAGAACAGUAUAAAGAUUUAAGUACAGUAGAUCCGGAGCGAUAUUUUCACUAUAACGAGCUAUGUGAUUCCCUCAUCAGAGAUCAAUUAAGGCUGAAGAAGAAACUGGAAAUGGCAGAAAGGAAGAACCAGGUGCUUGUGGACCAGAUUGAAGAAUUCCGGCAAUCGACUCAGGCAAGGGUUUCUCUGGACGGGAGCAAGAAAGAUAGAGCACUUAAUGAAAAACAAGUUGAAAACAUGCUUUACACAGCCAAGCCAAGGUUGCAGACUGAUGUAGGUAGUGGGCAUGGAAGUGCAGAGAGGUCACCACUGCAUGUGCUCAACUACUAAGCGUCGGAACUCUCUCUCCCCUAGGUUCUAUUGCACAUUAGCUCAUGAAUUAAGAUUUUGGGAGUUUUAGCAGUUUUAUUUUCAAGUUGAUAGUAAAAUGUCGUGAGCUACGUCAAAUAGCAGCAGCACAGAUGCUUCUUGGCUGAAAAAUCCACACCAAAGGAAGAUGGUGGUUGCACACACCAUCGUCUCCACACCAAAGAAAGAUGGUGGUUGCACAUACCAUCGUCUGAAUUGAAACUAAAACCUCAUUAGUUCUUACAGUGUGGAUGCGAAGGGGUUGUGCAAUGGUAGUGAAAUUACUUCAACUGUUAUAUCAUUUCAAGCAGUGUUGGUGCAAUAUACUGUUUUAGGCGUUUACAUGAAUUGCAUUAUGUAGAGUUUUGGAAUUAAUACAUGGUGACACGUUUACAGGAAUGGCAUUGUGUAGAGAUUUGGAUUUUAUACAUGGUGACACGUUUACAGGAAUGGCAUUGUGUAGAGAUUUGGAUUUUAUACAUGGUGACACGUUUACAGGAAUGGCAUUGUGUAGAGUUAUGGAAUUAAUAUAUGGUGACUAUGCUAUUUAUGAAUUGUAUAGAA